AUGUCAAGGGAUUUUGAUGACGUGAAAUCUAUCAAUGAUUCAAAAGAGCUAUGGAAACUUGCUGGUGACCAGAUUCAGACCGGAAGUAAGUUAAUGUUGGAUCCUCAGCUAAAGGAAACAUGUGAUUUCAAAAAAAGUUUGUCUGCUGCUUUUGGAAGUCCAACUCUAAUUGGAACACAAGCAAUUUCUGGAAAUAUGCAGUCAUCACAAAACUCUCAAGCUUCUCGUGCGUACCAUGCCUAUUUUUCUAACUGGAUUCUUAAGGUUGGAGAAGGAAAACUGUCAGAACCUAACGAUGGCAAUGCAGAAAUUGAAAUACCUGAGGAUCUUUUGAUACCAACAUCAGACAAUCCAAUCAAAUCAAUUAUUGAUAGUACAUAUCCAAAUUUUUUGCAAAACUUCGCCGAUGUUUUGUAUCUUGAUUCAAAAGCUAUACUUGCAUCUGCUAUUGAAGUUGUUGAUGAAAUAAACGAUUACAUGCUAAGCAUUAUGCCAGGUAUCAAUCUUAUCAAUUGUCUGAAUCUCAGUUCCAAUAGUGUUGAUAUGUCUGAUGUUAGUGACCCGGAAAUUUAUGAGGCAAUUACACCUGAGUUUUUAAACUCUCUUCACACGUUAGGAUUACCAAAUCAUCAUAUAAAGUUGAAAAUUGGUACCCCGAUUAUUAUGCUGAUGAGAAACUUAGACCAAGCCGAAGGAUUGUGUAACAGAACAAGAUUAAUAAUAACAAAAAUGGCUGAACAUGUGAUAGAGGGAAAAAUUAUGUCAGGAAAACAUGCUGGGAAUGACACAUGUAUUGCAAGAAUGACUACAUCACCAUCACAAUCCCCGUGGCCUUUUAAAUUGUCAAGAACACAAUUUCCUAUAGUUUUCUCAUAUGCAAUGACAAUUAAUAAGUCACAAGGUCAGUCACUUGACAGUGUAGGACUGUAUUUACCAAAAUCACUUUUUAGUCACGGUCAAUUGUACGUCGCUCUUUCUAGAGUUAAAAGUAAAAAAUGA